AAGCAUUUCGCUGUGCUAGUGACGUCACUUUUAUUUUUUUUUCUUUGCGUAAUGAGUAAUCAUUGUAGUAAACAAAGUGUUUAUAUAUGCUUAACCUGAUAUUUUAGAACUAUAAAAUAAAUAAUUACAAAAUUAGGAUUAUAAAAGACGGUCGAUUUUAAACCAGUAUUUGAAAUUUAAUUACUUCAUUUAAAAAAAUAAUUUCUGGAUGUCUUGCAGUCUGUCACCAAGAGGGUGUGAAUCAGAACUGAUACGAGAUUUUUAAAAAGACCUGUAUUGCGAAGUUUUUGUGCAACAAAUCAUCUAUUUUCUGAUGUGUCCGGAAAGUUAUAGUCCAGAUUAUAAUAUUUUUUUACAACUAAACGUUUAGUGAAAUUUUAAUUAGAAUUUAUUGUAUGGCGGAGGCAGCAACUUCCGAAUAUAAUGGAUUUGUUGAAAAUCAAACAUCGGAGAAUGAUUCCCAAGAUGAAGGACCCACCAGAUUGCUUCGGUUGAAAAUUAAAGCUGGUCACAACUUGGCCAAAAAAGAUAUAUUUGGAGCAAGUGAUCCCUACGUGCGUAUUGAUGUUGUACAGAGCGAUAAGGAUACAGUCAUAGAAACCUUCUGCACACGUACAAAAAAACGGACUUUGAAUCCUGUGUGGGAUGAAGAAUUUAUUUUCAAGGUCAACCCCAACAAUACUUUAAAAAUUGAAGUCUUUGAUGAAAAUAGAUUAACUCGGGAUGAUUUCCUGGGAUUGGUAGAACUCCCGCUUAAAUACAUUCCAAGUGAAAGACCUGGCCGGACCAUCACCACAAAGUUUUACAUAUUGAGGCCUAGAAGUACAAAAUCGAGAGUGAAAGGCCACCUAGAAAUAUACCAUGCAUAUACCCCAGGAUCCCAAGAUGAAGAAGAUAACACCAGUCAACAAGAAAGUGAAGCUGGCUGGGAAAUGGUGAACGCCGAAGAAGGUGGUAUCAAUGAGGAGACGCCGUCGACUCCAACUAAUGUGCCUGCUCAUCCGUCCAAUCACUCUCCCCUUCCCCCGGGCUGGGAGGAGAGACAAGAUGCCAAUGGCCGAACAUACUAUGUCAAUCAUGCUGCAAGAACAACACAAUGGGAGAGACCGACAGGUUCUACCCAUGUUGUGGAAGAGGCUCAACAGAGGAGUAUAGAAUCAGCACAAGAAUUUCGUCGGCGUGUUCACAUUAGUGUAGACCACAGUGAUGAUUCAGCACCUUCAGAAGUAGAUCAUCCGAGGGAUAACACAGAAAUUAUAAGAAAUAUGCUGGAAGCCCAAAGAGUGGAUCCCAGUAGUAGGCGUCAUUCUAUGCCUGUUGCAAGCCUAAGUCGACAGAGUAGCUCAAACCAGGCAAGUUCUGAGGGACUCCCUGCAGGCUGGUCCAUGCAAGUUGCUCCAAACGGACGUGUAUUUUACAUUGAUCACAACUCUAAAACAACAACUUGGGUUGAUCCUAGAACAGGUAAACCUAGUGUUUUACCAAACCAGAGCAAUGUGCCAAAUCGGCCUCGUUUUAGCAGUGUUGAUGAUCUGGGACCAUUGCCUGAAGGAUGGGAAGAACGUUUCCAUACAGAUGGUAGAAUAUUUUUUAUUGACCAUAAUUCUAGAGUCACACAAUGGGAAGACCCUAGGCUAAACAAUCCAAAUAUAGCUGGACCAGCUGUUCCUUAUUCACGAGACUACAAAAGAAAAUAUGAAUAUCUGAAAUCUAAACUUCCUAAACCAGCGAAUGUGUCUGGCAAGUUUGAGCUGAAGGUGAGUCGAGCAAACAUUCUGGAGGACUGUUACAGAAUCAUCAGUGCUGUCACCAGGGUGGAACUGUUGAGGACAAAAUUGUGGGUGGAGUUUGAUGGAGAGGAAGUCCUCGAUUAUGGUGGUGCCUCCAGAGAAUUGUUUUUCCUUCUUUCAAAAGAAAUGUUUAACCCUUACUAUGGAUUAUUUGAAUACUCCGCUGUAGAUAAUUACACCUUGCAAAUCAAUCCUGCUUCUGGAGUUUGUAAUGAAGAGCAUAUAUCUUACUUUAAGUUUAUUGGAAGGGUAGCAGGCAUGGCUGUAUAUCAUGGAAAACUCCUCGAUUCUUUCUUUAUUCGUCCUUUUUAUAAGAUGAUGCUUGGGAAACCUAUUAGCCUUAAAGACAUGGAAUCAGUGGAUUCUGAGUAUUAUAAUUCACUGUUAUGGAUUAUGGAAAAUGAUCCUGCUGACUUGGACUUAAGGUUUUCCAUAGACGAAGACUUGUUUGGGCAGAUGCAGCAGAGAGAUUUGAAACCAAAUGGUAGUGAAAUCCCAGUGACUCAGGAGAACAAAAUGGAAUACAUCAACUUGGUGAUCCAAUGGAGGUUUGUGUCGAGGAUCGAACAGCAGAUGAAUUCUUUUCUGGAAGGUUUUGGUGAAGUCGUCCCCAUGCAUCUCAUCAAACUCUUUGAUGAGAAUGAAUUGGAACUCUUGAUGUGCGGAAUUGGAAAGAUAGACGUGAGGGAUUGGAAAUCCAAUACUGUGUAUAAAGGCAGCUACCAUGCAAACCACAUUGUCAUACAGUGGUUCUGGAGGAUGGUGAUGUCGUUCUCAAACGAAAUGAGGGCCAGGCUGUUACAGUUUGUGACUGGUACAUCUCGUGUACCCAUGAAUGGCUUCAAGGAGUUGUACGGCAGUAAUGGGCCACAAUUAUUCACCAUUGAAAAGUGGGGAACAACUGGUGACUUGCCAAGAUCACACACCUGUUUCAACAGACUAGACCUCCCGCCCUAUGACAGCUACCAAGAAUUACGUGACAGACUCAUAAAAGCAAUCGAAGGAUCCGAAACAUUUGGUGGUGUCGAUUAAAGACUGUAAAUAUAUUUCUUUUCUCCAAAAGUGUGCCUACAUUAAGCUCAACACUGGCUCUGUGUGUAAAAAAUAUUGGAUUCCCAAUCCAUUUUUAUUUAAGCUGCAAUAUAUUACAAAUUUAGCAAAUUUUUUCUUUUAUUUAUUUUCCUCCACUUUGAUUCCAUAUGUAGUGUGUGUGCAUGUUUUGUGCUUUAAAUUCAAAUUUUUUUUGUUACUCAAACACUGAAUAAAAGUUUCACCUUUACAGGGCUGAUUGCGCUCCGGAAAAACUCCGGAUUUUUCGCUAACAGUAAUCCGGAAGUUUCCGGAGAUCGAAGUUCCUCACGUUU